AUGAUAUACUUUCCAAAUGAAACAAGCCGGCAGAAUGAUAGCAAACUGACGCGCUACUUUGGCAGAUUCACAUUCAUAUUACCUCUAUUUCCAAAGCUAUUAGAGUUCUAUAGGAAUCUCGAAGCGCCAACAGCCUUUUCUUCUUCAUCUGAGUCGCCUACACUUCUCGCACAUAUUUUGACAUAUUUGAAUACAUACAAAGCGUCAUUUGCUAGACCGAUCGACUCUCGAUAUGACAUCGUGUUAUUGGGCGGGGCUCUUGGGAGUUUAUUCUCUCUCCUUCAAGCUCUUGCAUCCCCCAUAAUCGGAACCCUCUCGGAUAAAUAUGGUCGUCGAACAGCUCUCCUCGCCAGCAUGACUGGCAAUAUACUCAGCGUCCUCCUCUGGGUUUGCGCCACCGAUUUCCGUACCUUCCUCCUUUCGCGCGUCGUAGGUGGACUUUCGGAAGGCAAUGUUCAACUGGCAAUUGCAAUUGCUACAGAUAUAUCAGACGAGAAACAACGCGGUGCAACGAUGGCAUUGGUGGGAAUCUGCUUUAGCAUAAGCUUUACAUUUGGGCCUGCAUUGGGUGCUUGGCUCAGUACGAUUAGUACUGUGCAGGCAAAUCCUUUUGCUACUGCUGCUGGAUUCUCUUUGUUUUUGAUUGUGACGGAAACACUUUAUUUGUAUUUAUGUUUGCCAGAGACACUGCCCAGUAAAGUUGCUCAGGCUAAGUUAAACGGAGAGCCAACUGCUACGAAUGGGAUUACGAAGGUAGCUGGCUCUUCGGGGGAGAAGACGCAAGCUAGAAUGGUAUCGACGAGUACUACCGGGGUGAAGAAACAGGGAAGAACAAACUCCCACUUCCUCCUCAACCUCACCCAUCUUUCAUUCAUCCUAUUCUUCUCAGGCAUGGAAUUCUCUCUUCCUUUUAUGACAUAUGAUCUUUUUGGUUAUACAUCUGCACUCAAUGGCCGUCUCUUAGGAUAUAUGGGUCUUGUAGCCUCUAUCCUUCAAGGUGGCGUGACUCGACGACUUCCACCGCUCCUUUCCGUUCGCAUAGGUGUGGUAUCAUGCCUAGGGGCUCUAUUUCUCCUCGCCCGCAUCAACACUGUUUCAGGUCUUUAUCUUGCUACUACUCUCCUCGCAGUCACAACCGCAACAGUAGUCACCGGUCUCAAUGCACUCAGCUCGUUUGAAGCAGGCGAGGAUGAAAGGGGUGGAAAGCUUGGAAAUCUGCGAAGUUGGGGGCAGCUCGGAAGAGGUUUAGGACCGUUAUUAUUCACAAGUGUUUAUUGGUGGGCAGGCAGAGAAGUAGCAUACAGUAUUGGCGGACUGGGGCUUAUGGGGGUGGCACUUUUGGUUACUUUUGGCUUGGAAACACCGGGAGGAACAAAAGGAAAGAAGAUUGGUGAUGUUAAGACUGAGGUUCAAGAUUUGUAG